ACUCGCAUUCGCCACGUUUGCAAGCGAGGCAGACGGGCGGUGUGCUCGCGGGUCGCGGUACAGACGGCGGAACAGACGGAGGUGCCCAGAGAGACACGGGUGUCGGCUCGCAAGGCGACGAAGAGCAGCGGUCAGGCGUGUGGCAGUCGGACGCCAAUCUGUCGGCGCCGAGGGCCGGGCCACCCCGGCAGCCCGGUGCCCCGGUUGUUCCGCACCCCGGCGCCGGAGCUCUUCUCUGCCGUGCAGCGCAGCGAGCUCCGCGACGGGCCCCUGCCGCGUCUCGCCGCCAUCGUCCUCCUCCGCCAGCAGGUCCACCACCAUCAGCAGCAGCCGAUGCAACAAGAGGGGUCGCCCUGCGUGGUUCUCAAGGAGUCUCAGAUUCCAGCUGGGCUCUGCAGGACUCUCACGGGUUCCUCCGUCUCCUCCACCAACUCGCGCUCCUCCCGCUGGAGCCCAUCGGCCUCCCCGAGGACAGCGACUGCUGACGUGUUCGCUCGGAGGAGCCACGCGAACGCACGCGAGAGGCUCCGGGUGCGAAACAUGAACCACAUGUUCCUGCUCCUGCGUCACCUGGUGCCGCUGGACUGCGCGCACCACCGGCCAUCGCGUGUGACAACGCUGCGCGCGACGCUCCGCUACAUCCGCCUGCUGCAAGCCGUGCUGGCGGAAACCACCACGGCAUGCAGCUCCUCCCCAUGCGGCGUGUGACAUGGGAGGGAGGGCAGCGGUGGUUAACAGACCUCGAAAUGUAGCGCGGGGUAUCUGGCGAAGGGUAUGGCGUACGCGCGCACCAACCCAGCCAGGUGCGUAGAUGUAGGUGCGUGUAAGUGCGAUGCCAACCGUGCUAAUCGGAGAUGCGG